AUGUCCUCUACAAGACAUAAAGAAGAAUUAAAGAAAUUAUUGCAACGUCCAGAAAAUAGUAUUUGUGCGGAUUGUAAAGGCAAAAAAUCACUAGAAUGGGCUUCCUUCAAUCUUGGCGUAUUUAUUUGCACUGAUUGCGUUACUGUUCAUCGAAGUCUUGGUGUCCAUAUCUCCAAAGUUAAAUCAGUUUUCCUGGAUGAUUGGACUGAUACUGCUAUACAAAUUAUGGCUGAUAACGAUAAUAAAUCAGCUAAUAAAAUGUGGGAGAAACGUGUUCCUAUAUUUUUUCCUAGGAUCUCCGCUAGGAACGUUGAGAUGCUAAGAGAACAUUGGAUUAAAGCUAAAUAUGAAAAUCGUCUCUUUACUGGUGAAAAAAGUACUAUUCCAUUAUCAACUGCGAAAAGAGGUUUCCUAUGGAAAAAGGGAAAAAUUAAGAAUGAAUGGAACCGGCGCCUUUUCGUAUUAUCCGAUGAUGCUACAACUUUAUCCUAUUUCAUUAAUGAAAAAGACAUUGAACCUAAAAGUGAAAUGAGUGUUGAAUGUAUUAAUGCAACCUUGGUUGGCAAACAAAAACUUGGUAAACCAUAUGGUCUUCAGCUUUUAUAUAAAGAGAGUGACGGAAAAACAAGAAAUUUUUACAUGUAUUCCGAGUCGGGCAAGGAAGUAAUUGAUUGGUUAUGCGCUAUACGAACAGCCAAGGCUGCUGUUCUUGGCUGUCUUUAUAAAUCGAUUCCAGAGCAAGAGGAAGAAAGAAUAUCACGUAUGUUAUCCAUUGAAUUUCUACAUGAAGGCUACUUAGAAAAGACGGGUCCAAAGGAAAAUGGAGCGUUCCGCAGACGCUGGUUCUCGUUGUAUGACAGAAAAUUAAUGUAUUUUAAAGGCCCGUUGGAGCCUUAUCCACUAGGUGAGAUCGAUAUUGGACUACAGGAUAGAGGUUAUAAAGUCCAAGAAGAUGACAUUGCAUCUCAUCAGCGUGGUGAUGGAUUUUGCUUUGUAUUCAAAACACCUGGUCGUAAUUAUUAUUUAAGAGCUGAUUCAGCUAGCGAAAAGCGAAAAUGGAUGAGGGCGCUAAAUGAAGCAUUGGAUAGUGUUCAUUUCUAUCUUAAUGGUAAAUAG